AUGUCAACUCCAGGGCCCAUGGCACUGGCUCUAGCCAGGCCAGCCCUCGGCCCUUCCAUAUCAUCCAUUCUUUUACGUCCUCUCGGCCAAAGGCUCCCUGUUCAUCUGGCAAGAUGGAAUCGCGCCGCCCUUCAGCCUUCUCCUCAGUCCCGCACGCUCUACGUGCCACGCACCCUCCUUCCGUCCUUUUCUGCCAAAGCCAACUCCAUCAACCCGCGCUUCGUCCGAUCAUCAUCUCCUUCGGCAACUCUUGGACUCAGAUUCUCAUCUCAGUUUACGACUCUUCGCACCGGUGACUCAAUCGGCAUUUCACGAAGCCUGCUCGCUACGCGGGAAGCCACAGCCAAUCGGAACCCCAACAGCGCCACCGCCCAGAAUGCCUUUUACCAGUUGCUCCUCAAGGCCGGGAUGCCGGCAAUCGUCGUCGAGAGGUACCAGUCCGGCCUCUACGCCUCGAACGAGGCCGCUGACGCUGCCUACGUUCGCGCGCUUGAGAUGCUGAAACAGGGUGUCGGAGAAACCGCCUCUGUCGGCGGUGCGUCAUCGCAGUUUGGCGUGCCCAGCAACAACAACCUGACUCCGGAACAAAUGCAGGCCGUCGCUCAGGCCGUAGCCGCGCGCAUGAAGGGAACCGAUAUGGCGGCCUCGACUGGCCAGGGUCUCGGCUCUAAGCAAGGUCCGCUUCACGUGGUUGUCGAGGAAUCCAAGGGUUCGGUCCUCUUCCGGUGGAUCAAGACGCUGCUUUACUUUGGUCUCAUUACCUACAUGUGCAUGGUGGUCGUCACGCUUGCUGUCGGCUUCUUUGAUAACCUCGACGUCUACAAGCGGGGCAAUAAGAAGAGCCAGGGCGAGGUCAGGGCCGAGACCCAGAAGACGAGGUUUUCCGACGUCCACGGCUGUGAUGAGGCCAAGGAGGAACUUUUGGAAGUUGUCGAAUUCUUGAAGAAUCCCGACCGGUUCUCGACUCUCGGUGGAAAGCUCCCCAAGGGUGUACUUCUCGUUGGCCCUCCCGGUACCGGAAAGACGCUUCUUGCUCGAGCUGUUGCUGGAGAGUCUGGUGUCCCCUUCUUCUACAUGUCUGGCAGCGAGUUUGACGAGAUCUUCGUCGGUGUCGGCGCUAAGCGAGUUCGCGAUCUCUUCACGGCUGCCAAGGAAAAGUCCCCCUCGAUCAUCUUCAUUGACGAGUUAGACGCCAUCGGUGGAAAACGAAACGUCCGCGACGCAGCGUAUAUGAAGCAGACCCUGAACCAGCUUUUGACGGAGCUCGAUGGAUUUGAGCAGAAUACCGGUGUCAUCGUCCUCGCGGCUACUAACCAUCCUCAGCUUCUCGACAAGGCUCUCACCCGACCCGGUCGUUUCGAUCGUCACGUCGUCGUCGACCUUCCCGACGUUCGCGGCCGCCUUGCCAUUCUGCAGCACCACGCCAAGAAGAUCAAGACCGCCCCCGAUGUAAAGUUCUCCGUCCUUGCCGGUUUCACCUCUGGACUCUCCGGUGCCGAGCUGGAGAACAUUGUCAACCAGGCCGCCGUUCGCGCUAGCAAGGCCAAGGCUUCCGCCGUCACAAUGAAGGAUCUUGAGUGGGCCAUGGACAAGGUCAUCAUGGGUGCCGAGAGGCGAUGGGUCAUUUCUCCCAAGGAGAAGCUCAUGACUGCCUACCACGAGGCCGGCCACGCGCUCGUUCACCUUUUCGCUGACAAGCCGCCCAGCGAGCUCCACAAGGUGACGAUUCUCGCCCGUGGUCAGUCGCUGGGCCACACGGCGUACAUCCCCGAGAUGGACAAGUACUCUUAUACUCUUAUGGAUUACAUGACGCAUAUCCGGGUGGCGCUAGGUGGUAAGAUUGCGGAGGAGUUGGCGUUUGGUCCUGACCACGUCACCUCGGGCGUAUCAAACGACCUCGAAAAGGCUACCAAGGAGGCUUUCGCCAUUGUUGGCCGCUUCGGCAUGUCCUCCAAGCUCGGCCCCAUGGACUACGCCAACAACUACGAAAAGCUCAGCUCCGAGACGAGGGCCGCGGUCGAGACCGAGGUGCAACGACUUCUCAGCGAGUCCGCCGAGGACGUCAAGACACUUCUGAGUUCCAAGCGCAAGGAGCUCGAUCUGCUAGCCAAGGCGCUCGUCGAAUACGAGACACUAGACAAGCGGGAGGUAGAGCGCGUCAUCCGCGGCGAGAAGCUGACGGGCCGCAUGCCGGCGUCGCCCAACGGCACCAUGUCGGUGCCCGUGCCUGAUAAGCCGGCCGUUGCGCCGCCUCCCCUGCCCACUGGGCGGCCGACUACGGGCGAGACGACGGAGCCGCCGCCGUCUGUUCCUGCUCCUUAG